CCAACUCCGAAGUCUCAAUGCAUGUCGUGUGACGUUAGGUUAGAUAUACUCGCUCAUUUGCGGAGUUCGCGGGAUUGUUCGCCGGUAGGACUGGUAGGAGUCACAGAAAGGAUUGAGAAGCUCGCGAAGAUGAUGUUAACCAAGACAUCUACCUAAACUGCAUCGAGACUUCGGUAAGUUGCGAGAUCGCAUAGUGAUCGUCCGGACGGCGCGGUAUAUUUUCGGUGAGGAGGGGAUGGGAGCCAUAACCUGUACGCGUACCUGCGAUUUCGAUUUUCAAAAUGGCGUGCCAAGUGUGAGAGACAAGGCAUGGACUCGUCAUCGUUGUCGCGACUUCCUGUUACUCUGUUGUUGAUCGUUGAGUCGCGAGCACGUGUACGGUGCUGCUCGCGUCAAGUUGCCCUCGUGGAGGAAUAAUUAUGCCAUCGCUCGCGCGCACGGCGUAGGACGUAGGGAAAUUCACUUCUUUCACGCAUUUUCUUUUUUUUCUUUUUUCCCUUUCUUUCUUUUCGUUUUUGCUCCUUGAUGGAAAUCCCGAUGGAAAUCUCGAUGGAAAUCUUCUUAACGGCGUUUUCCGUGAUAUUCAGUUUAUUAAUAGUGUUCCUCCUUGUUGUGAUAGGUUGGUACUUAGUUUGGACGUUCUUUCUAUCACGGUUCCGCUUUGUGAGAGAGUUAACGGGGAAUGGAAUGAGUGAAUCGUCGUCGGUUAAUGAUUUGAAGAAUGGUCGUGCACGCAUAAAGAAACUUCGUCGUGACUAAAUAUUGAACAAUAUAU